UGCUGAUACGCGAUAGUACCAACGAGCGGGCGUCACAGAGAAUAAAUUUACAGGCGAAACAAGCCACUGAAGAAGAGAAGAGCUCAGGGAAGAUGGAGGACAAGCGGAGAGAUCUCGCCGGAAUUCAGUCGCAGCCUUCGUCCAUGGCGGAGACACCUCCAUCGGAGCCUCCGACGUCUCGGCGGAGAGGCGGAGGGCAGAAACGGAAAUCGGCCUCUAUCAACAACAGCGGCGGCGGCGGCGGCAGCUCUACUUCUCAAAUGACAUCAUCUAAGAGACAGGCCCGGGAGAAGCUGCCUCCGGUGCCUUUCCCUCCGAUCCACAUGAAUGGACCCCUCACUAGGGCGCGCGUGCAGCCUUACAACACAAACAGCUUGUCCGAGGUGAGUGCGGUGAAGAGCGAGGCGGAGAUUGGGGAGGCGGCGGCGAAGGCGGAGAUGAGUAGAGUGAGCGAAAAUUGGGAGGCAUUGGAGGCGAAGAUUGAGGCUGAGUACGACGCCAUCGUAUCUAGGGAUGCGAAUGCUCAUGUGGUUCCUAUUCAUGCUGGUUGGUUUUCAUGGACAAAAAUCCAUCCAUUGGAGGAGAGGAUGUUGCCUUCAUUCUUUAAUGGGAAAUCAGAAAGUAGGACUCCAGAAAUAUAUACGGAGAUACGUAAUUGGAUAAUGAAGAGAUUUCACCACAAUCCUAAUGAACAAAUUGAGUUGAAACAUCUUAACGAGCUCACAGUUGGAGAUAUGGAUGUUCGGCAAGAGGUGAUGGAGUUUCUUGACUACUGGGGUUUGAUUAAUUACCAUCCAUUCCCUCGUAAUGAACCUGCUGCUAUGCUUGUUGAUGCUGACAGUAACAAAGACGAAAUUGUUAAAAUGGACUCUCUGGUUGAAAAGCUCUUCCAAUUUGAAAGUGUGGAAUCAUGGACUCCAAUUGUUCCUAGGAUGACUACAGCGAUACCAGCCAUGUCAUCUGGUUUAUUACCGGAAUCUGUCAUUGCUGAUGAACUGGUGAAGUCUGAGGGUCCUUCGGUUGAGUACCAUUGCAAUUCUUGUUCAGGAGAUUGUUCUCGGAAACGCUACCAUUGCCAGAAGCAGGCAGAUUUUGAUCUUUGUGCGGAUUGUUUCAACAAUGGGAAGUUUGGCUCUGAUAUGUCCCCAUCCGAUUUCAUUCUUAUGGAACCAGCAGAAGCUGGUGGUGUAAGUGGAGGGAACUGGACAGAUCAAGAAACUCUUCUACUCCUUGAAGCGAUAGAAAUAUUUAAAGAUAACUGGAGUGAGAUUGCUGAGCAUGUAGCCACAAAGACAAAAGCUCAGUGUAUACUGCACUUUGUUCAAAUGCCUAUUGAAGACGCAUUUUUCAACCAUGGCGACGAAAAUAAUGAUGCUCCUAAAGAAAAUGUAGUACCGGUUUCCGACAGUACUGAAAUUUCAGCUCCAAAAGCUGACGAUGACAAUGACACUCCUCUAAAAGAUGUCCCUGAUAUUACAGAAAACCAGGGUGGUGCUACAGACAAUCAGGAUUCAUCCUGUCCGAUGGAAAUCUCAAAGCCAGAUGAGGUCAAAGAAUUGGAUGGGGGUCUUGAAGAUGGGAAGAGUUUUGCGUUGAAGGCUCUCAACGAAGCAUUUGAAGCUGUGGGUUAUCUUCCUUCACCUGAGGAAAGUCUAUCAUUUGCAAAAGCUGGUAAUCCUGUGAUGGCAUUGGCUGCAUUCCUUGUGCGAUUGGUGGAACCUAACAUUGCGAAUGCAUCAGUUCGUAGCCUUUUGAAAUCUCUAUCGAGCAAUUGUUCAAGCGAACAGCUUGCUGCAAGGCACUGUUUCCCUUUGGAAGAUCCACCCGAAGACAUGAAGGAUGUGGUCGAUCCAGAGGGAGCUGCAACUGUAACAAAUGAACAUGAAGAAGUUCAAAAGGACAAGACUAAACAUGCCGAAAAGCUGGAUAAAACACCUGAUUCAGUUGCUGACGGAAUCAACUUACGCGAUGAUGAAAACGACAGAAGUAAGGAUUCUCUUAUUGAAGAAAAUGAUGAAAAGACGGAUACUACUUCUAAAGACCAGAAACCUGUGACUUCUCCCAGUGGUGACUGUGCAGACAGAUCCGAUACUCUGAAGGAGCCUAAUGGAAUGGUCACUAACGAGGAAACUCAACCGGUCUCAAAAACUGAACCAAGUAGCUCUAAUUUAGAACAGGUUCCAAAAGAUGGUGAAGAAUCUCUUGUUGCGGCAUCUCAUACUGAACUCCAACCCGAUACUGUGAAGGAAUCAGAAGGAGCUUCUGUGAAGGAAUCAGAAGGAGCUUCAGGUGGGGAAACCUCUCAGUCUAAAGAGAUUCUAAAAGAUGAAUUAAUGCUGCCUAUCCCUGAAAAGGAAGAAGCUGAUGUGUCGAUACCAAAUUCAACAACUGAAAAAGAAGAAAAUACAGGUGACGGAGAAGCUAAAGAAAGUGACAGUCAAAAGAAUAAACCCCUAGUGACAGAAAAUGAUCUUGACGUCAACAAAAAGUUGAAGCAAGCUGCAGUUACUGCCCUUUCAGCUGCAGCAGUGAAAGCAAAGCUUCUUGCAGACCAAGAAGAAGAUCAAAUACUUCAGCUUUCUACAUCACUUGUAGAAAAACAGUUGUACAAACUGGAAGCCAAGUUGGCUUUCUUCAACGAUAUGGAAAACGUGGUGAUGCGAGUUAAGGAACAGUUAGAUAGGUCGAAGCAGAGGCUUUUCCAUGAGAGAGCACACAUAAUCGCAACACGAUUUGGGAUGUCAUCAUCAAAUCGUCCUAAUGCACAGAAUUUACCUCCCAACAGACCCCCCAUUAAUAAUGUACCCAACAUGGCAUCAAGACCUUUUAUGGGCAUGAACUCACUUAGGCCUCCUAUUUCGAGACCAAUGAUGACAGCGAAUCCUGCUCCAAAUUCGUUUAUGCCUGGAAGUGCAACAGGAAGUUCAGUGCAGCCUAAUGCAGAUAAGCUUUCUUCUGUUAGCAUGAAGUGAAGUACUCUCUGCUCGCCUGUACAACUACCUUCUACCAAUCCUCGUAUGCAAGUUCAUUAAUUGAAGUUAUCAUGAAUUUAUCAGAUCGGUGUGUAAAUCGCGUUUUAGUGUUGAAAGAGGUGCUGAACCAGGGAAUUUUAAGCAUGUAUCUCUGGUCCAACUCAAAGGCAAGAUCCUCUACUUGAACGGUAAUCAAAUAAUUUAUUGCCAAGAGAUGGAAGAUUUGGAAUGACGUCACUUGAUCAAUAACGUAGAAGCAUCUCAUCAGAAGUAGGAUACAACAGAGGGAAUGCUUCUUUACUAGCUGCAGUUUGGUAUCUGUGUUUGUAGGUCGGAGAAAAUUGUAUACUUGUUGUAACUUAAAUCGUCUCGAUUAAAAAUGCAAAUUUUACGGUUCUCCUUGUAGUAGUUGAACUCAGGUAAGUUCUAUAAGAGUAGCCCUGGAUAACUUAACUUAUUUCCGAUUCCA